AUGAUCUCCAAAAUCGCAUCAUCAAAACCAGUAAAUGCAUAUAAAAAGAAGCGCAUGCAAACUAAUGAACAUAGAUUUUUCUUAAUUGCGGGGGAGAGAGAGAGAGAGAGAUUAUCUUAUCUGCACGAUCACUGUGACCCGAAGAUCAUUCACCGUGAUGUGAAAGCCGCAAAUAUACUAUUGGACGAAGAGUUUGAGGCGGUCGUUGGAGAUUUUGAUUUGGCGAAGCUCAUGGAUUACAAGGAUACACACGUGACCACCGCUGUUCGUGGAACUAUAGGACACAUAGCUCCCGAGUACCUGUCCACCGGAAAAUCUUCAGAGAAAACCGAUGUUUUUGGAUACGCCAUCAUGCUUCUCGAGCUGAUAACGGGGCAGAGGGCAUUCGAUCUUGCUCGCCUUGCAAAUGACGAUGAUGUCAUGUUGCUCGAUUGGGUGAAAGGGCUUCUAAAAGAGAAGAAAGUGGAAAUGCUGGUUGAUCCUGAUUUGCAGAAGAACUAUGUGGAAGCGGAGGUGGAGCAACUAAUACAGGUGGUGCUGCUGUGCACACAGAGUUCUCCGAUGGAGCGGCCCAAGAUGUCGGAGGUGGUGAGGAAGAACACCUGCAGCCAACACAUACACACACAGCCCAAUAGAGGCCACCGGCGAGGAAGAUGUCGGCGGUGGAAAAGAGAGUGA